AUGGCUGCUCAUGGUCUCUCCUUGCACAAGACUGCACGCCCGGUUGCUGGCUGGAAAAGGUUGGGACAUCGAUCACCGCGGCGUCGCAUGGCGAGCACAAGCCGCUCAAGUCACCUGGUUGCCGGCCUUGCGUAUGAAACAGCCCCCGCUGCAGAGUUCCGUGCAUUCUCUCAAAAAGCCACAAGAUGCAUGUUGUAUGCGAGGGGCAACUCGUCGUCCUGCUUCGCGACCCCAAUGAUACACGCAGAUGUUGGUUCGUCGAGCUCUGGCCUCCUUCACCAACACCCCGUUGUCGGCGGCCUGGCCACGUUGAAGAUGUUCUUUGUGGCCGUCUGUGGCGAUUCGUGCCAAUGCGUUGACAGUCUGGGUCUGUUCGCACAUGCAGGCAAGUCCAUGCGAUGCAACAGCGAGAAGGAUGGAAUGUUCAGUGCGUUCUGCAAGACGGGAAAAUGA